UGACGACCAGGAACGGCGAUUUUGGUUUGUUUACAUAAAACGGACCUAAACUUAGAGCACAAGGGCCACAAAGGAACAAAUUAGACAAAAAGACAUGUCUUAAUGUAUUUCAUACCUAUUGCGCCCAGCUGUGGAGAACGUCCUCAUUCAUGCCCCAGACAGUUGAAGCAUGCUGGUAGUAACGUUAGUAUGCAGCCCAACAUAAUCAGAAGAGAUGCCGGAGUCUGGCAUCAAACGAAAAGCCUGCUUUACAAGAAUCUACUCAUCAAAUGGAGGACUAAACAACAGAGUCUGCAGGAGUUGAUCCUGCCGCUGCUGCUGCUGUGCCUGCUGAUUCUGAUCAGCACCCUGAACCCACAUGUCUACUACGGAGGCAUCAGUACCAUGGAGCUGGAGAGGGAGGACUACCACUUACUCAAGGGCCUGGGAUACACCCCCAUUAACAAUGCCACCAAUCACAUCAUGGAGGAGGUGGCACAGGAAAUGCACUUGCAGGAUCGCCUGGAGAUGUUCUCUAGUGAAGAGGAUCUGGAGAAUGCCAGUCUUUAUGAGCCCUCAGGCUACGUUGGGGUGGUCUUCAUGGGCAGCACACCCACCUCUUACAGGUUGCGCUUCCCUUACAACCAUCUGCCCCUGCCCAGCGACUACACUGAAUCUAUUGCCAACUGUUUUGCCAGCUCAGUGAACUGCAGAGCAGCUAAUUACUGGUACUCUGGCUUCAUCCGCCUCCAGACUCUCAUUGACGCCGCCAUCAUACAGAUGCAGACCAAGCGGUCAGUGUGGAGUGAGAUGGACCACCUGCGUGUGGUGAUGAUGGGCCAGCCAGGGUCAGUGGAGGUCCAAAAGUUCCCCCACGCUCUCAUCUCCAUCUACCUGGUGCUGGCUUUCACACCCUUCAUCACCUUCCUCAUCGUCAACGUGGCAGCAGAGAAGGAACACAGACUCAAAGACACCAUGACCAUGAUGGGCCUCUACGACUCUGCCUUCUGGCUAUCGUGGGGCCUGCUGUAUGCAGCUCUGGUCACCACCAUGUCCAUCCUCAUGUCCAUCAUCGCUACCUAUACAGCCCUCUUCCCCAACAGUGACUUCAUCGUCAUCUUCCUCCUCAUCUUCCUCUACGGCAUCUCCUCUAUCUUCUUCUCCUUCAUGCUGACCCCUCUGUUUAAGAAGCCUAAGUUUGCCAGUACGGUGGGCUCAAUGCUGACUGUGGUUUUCGGCUGCCUGUCCCUGUUCACUGUCCUGAUGAAGGACUUCCCCCAGCCGCUGGUCUGGGUUCUUUGUCUGCUGUCCCCCAGCGCAUUCUCCAUCGGCAUUGCCCAGGUGGUGUACCUGGAGGCUCAGGGGGACGGAGCUGUGUUUGCUACCCUGGCCAACGGCCCCCAUCCCCUCUACGCCCCCCUUCUCAUGCUCGUCCUGGACUGUAUACUCUACCUGCUGCUGGCUGUCUACCUGGACCAGGUUCUACCAGGUGAGUUUGGCAUGCGGCGCUCCCUGGUAUACUUCAUGAAGCCAUCCUAUUGGUCCAAGCGCAGUAAACGCUACGUCGAGGUGAGCUCUGUGUACGAGACAGAGGUGAACGGGGCCCCAGGAGUGGAUGAGUCUGUCGAGCCCGUCUCUCCGGAAUUCAGGGGGAAAGAGGCCAUCCGCAUUAACAACAUCCGCAAGGUGUACAAAGAGAAGGACAGCAUCGUGGAAGCUCUGAGGGGCUUGACCUUUGACAUCUAUGAAGGUCAGAUCACAGCCCUCCUGGGCCACAGCGGAGCGGGGAAGUCCACUCUGAUGAACAUCCUGUGUGGGAUCUGCCCUCCAACCGACGGCCACGCCUCCAUCUAUGGCUCCCCUGUGGCAGAGAUCGCUGAGGGGGCAGAGAUGAGGCAGCUGGUGGGCAUCUGCCCUCAGUUCAACAUCAUCUUUGACGUGCUGACUGUAGAAGAGCACCUGAGGAUAUUCGCUGCCAUUAAAGGGAUUCUGCCCUCUGACAUUGACAAUGAGGUGUCCAAGGUGCUGAAGGAUCUAGACCUGGAGAAGAUCAUGGACGCCCAGGCUAAGAACCUGAGUGGAGGCCAGAAGAGGAAAUUGUCUGUGGGCAUAGCCAUCCUGGGAGACCCCAAGAUCCUGCUCCUGGAUGAACCUACUGCUGGUAUGGACCCCUGUUCCAGACACCAGGUGUGGUCUCUGCUGAAGAGUCGCAGAGCAGGCAGAGUCACGGUGCUCAGCACACAUUACAUGGACGAGGCAGACAUACUCGCUGACCGCAAAGCUGUGAUCUCUCAGGGCCAACUUAAGUGUGUUGGUUCUUCCCUAUAUCUCAAGACCAAGUGUGGAGUAGGAUACCACCUCAGAAUGUCUAUUGGUGAACGGUGUGAGGUGGAUGGUGUCACAUCAUUGGUCAAGCACCACGUCCCCAAGGCUCAGUUGUCACGGCAACAAGAGGCUGAACUGACAUUCACCCUCCCUUUCGAAAGCAUGGACACCUUUUCAGGAUUGUUCUCAGAACUAGACUGCAGGCCAGACCUGGGCAUCAGCAACUACGGGGUGUCCAUGACAACGCUGGAGGACGUGUUUCUUCGUCUGGAGGCUGAGGCUGAGGUGGACCAGGCUGACUACAGUGUGUUCAACCAGGAGCAGGUUGAGGAUGAGGGUGAUGCAUCCUCUCUGGACGACACUGACCAAAGACUACUGACCUUCUCUGACAGCAAGCCAGAGGUGGUCCAGGGCCAUGCUCUGUGGAGACAGCAGUUCAGCACCGUGGCCUGGCUACACAUGCUCAACAUGCAGAGAGAGAGGAAGGCCUUUGUCUACACUCUGGCAUUGUUCCUGGUCUUCCUAGCUGCUGUGCUAGUAUUGUCUCUGGCUACGGGGAACAUCCAGAUCCACGCUCCAGAACGGCAGUUUGUCCCCAUCUACCUGCUGAGACCGAACCAGGCCCCCCGGAAAUACACCACCAGUCUACUGGUCCAGAACUCAUCAGGCUCGGAUAUCUCCGACUUCAUCCGUAACCUGGAAUCUCAGGACAUCAAGGUGGAGAUGAUGAAGAACACAGACUACAUGUCCUGUGCUCCUCACAGCGCAGCCAUCAACGUCACCGGAUCCAACAAGAGUUUCAGAUACAGUGUAGCGUUCAACAGUACUACCGUCCACUCUUUGCCCAUGACAGUCAACGUCCUCAGUAACGCCAUCCUACGAGGUCUCAACGGCACACAACACAUCCAAACCUGGACCAAGCCCUUCGACUAUCAAAUUCCCGACGCCACGUCAUAUGCUCUGGUCUACAUUGAGGCUAUCAUACUGGGGAUGCUAGCUGCAGGCAUGCCUGCCUACUUCGCCAUGGACCACACCCGAGACAGAGAGAUAAAGUGCCGUUCAACGCUGCGUAUCUCUGGCCUGGUCCCGUCUGCGUACUGGUGUGGUCAGGCUGCAGUGGACAUCCCCUUCUACUACCUCAUACUGACCACCAUGACCAGCAUCCUCUUCUCCUUCCAUACUGCCAACCUGCUUACCUCUAGCAAUGUCACCGCAGUGAUCCUGUGUCUGAUAGGUUUUGGUCCAGCUAUGAUCCUGUUCGCCUACGUGGUGUCUUUCAUGUUCACACGCGUCCAGAGUAACAGAGACUUCUUCUCUGUGGUCUCCAUGAUGGUGUGUGUGGUGUCUGCCUCCAUCGUCCAGCUGUCAUUUGUGAACGACAACCCCGGGCUGACGAGGAUCCUCCACAAUACACUAUGUUUCUUCAACCCUCUCUACCCUUUAAUGGGCUGCCUUAACUCUAUCACCAAGGCCACCUUCCUGCCCUCCCUCUAUGAAGAGGACUUCCUCUGGAAGAACCUGCUCAUUGCUGUCCUAUCUCCCUAUCUGCAGUGCAUCCUGCUGCUGUUCAUGCUGCGCUGGUUGGAGAUCCGCUACGGAGGGAGGACCAUGAAGAAUGACCAGUUCUGCAGGAUCUCUUCCAAGACUAAGGCUAAAGUGGAGCGUAACCCAGAGGAGGGGAUCAAUGAGGAUGAAGAUGUUCAGAUGGAAAAGGCUCGGGUGAAGGAGGCCCUCACCUGCCAGUGCUGUGAGGAGAAACCAGUAGUGGUGGUGAGUAACUUGAGGAAGCAGUAUAAAUGUCCAAGGGAAGGAAUCUCUCUCAAGAAGAGGAGGACGGUAGCCACCAAGAACAUCUCCUUCUGUGUACGCAAAGGUGAGGUGCUUGGACUGCUGGGGCCCAACGGAGCAGGGAAAAGCACCAUCAUGCAUAUGUUGUCUGGAGACACAGUCCCAACCGCUGGACAGGUCCUGAUGGGGGACUACAGUACAGAGUUCCGUCCAGUAGACAACCCCCUGGAGCAUAUAGGCUACUGUCCCCAGGUCAGCCCUUUGUGGCCCCGCAUCACCCUGGAGGAACACCUGGAGAUCUACGCUGCCAUCAAGGGCCUCCAGGGACAGGACGUCCCUGGCAUCAUCACACGUGUGGUGAAUGCUCUGGAGCUGAAGGGCCACCUCCACAAGCAGGCAAAAAACCUCUCAGCUGGGAUCAAGAGGAAGUUGUGCUUUGCUCUCAGCAUGUUGGGGAACCCUCAGAUAGUUCUGCUGGACGAGCCUUCUACAGGGAUGGACCCCAAGUCCAAACAACGCAUGUGGAGGGCUAUCCGGGCAGCGUUUAAGAACCGCCAGCGUGGGGCCAUUCUGACCACUCACUACAUGGAGGAGGCUGAGGCUGUGUGUGACCGCGUGGCCAUCAUGGUGUCAGGGCAGCUCAGGUGUAUUGGGUCUAUCCAGCACCUGAAGGGGAAGUAUGGGCGUGGCUACAGCCUGGAAGUGAAGCUGAGAGAGGAGCUGACGGGGCUCCAACAAGUGGCACUGCUCCACAAGGAGAUCCGUCGAAUCUUCCCUCACGCUGCAAGACAGGAGAGCUUUGCCACCCUGAUGGUUUACAAGAUCCCCAUGGAGGAUGUCAAGUCACUGGCCAAGUCCUUCUCUCAGCUAGAGAGUGCUAAGCAAGCCUUCAACUUUGAAGAGUACAACUUUUCACAAUCAACCUUAGAGCAGGUCUUCAUGGAGUUUGCUAAGGAGCAGGAGAACGAGGAGGAAGAGGUGGGUUCCCUCAGCACCACGUUCCAGUGGCAGCGGCUCCGCCAGGACGGCCCUGUGCCUGUCAACCACACAGACAGCAUUGUGCACCAGCUCUGAGCUCUACUGUGGGGGAGGGGGGCUGGCUGUCUGUGGCCGGCACAGUCUCUGGGCUCCCAUUAUCCCUGCCUACAUGGCACUAACCUCGUCCCCAGCCUAAAGAGGCUGGAAACGAGUUUACUAUGGCACAGGCUAUGCCAGCCCUGGCAAUGCACUCACCCCUCACCUCACGGCUCACACAACCACCCACCACCAGCCCAAACUAAUAGGACAAGAUGGGCGUCACAGGACAGAUGGAUGCCCCUAUGAACAUGGCCCUGGAGGGCUAGCAACUGAACUGUGUGUGUUUGGGAUGGGAAGUCUCUCUGGGGCUGAGGUGUGUGAGUUGUCCGAACUACUGUGUGUUUUCUGACCUUUGCACUGACUAACCAAGGGGCCUGCUCCACUCCACCCAACCAGAAUCUCCCUCCUCUUAUGACGCACUGAUACGACUAAUACCUACUCCGUUUUUUUAAUAGGUUUUAUUUAAUUUUUUAUCUGAAUUCACAGCGAGUUGGUAUAUAUGGAUAUGUAUAUUUAAGCAAUAAGGCCCGAGGAGGUGUGGUAUAUGGCCAAUAUACCAUGGCUAAGGGCUAUUCUUAUGCAUUACUCAUCGCGGAGUGCCUGGA